GCUCCGGCAUGUGAGCACGGGACGUGUUGCUAAUAAACUCCCUUGUAUAAAUGAUAUGCGCAUCAUCUCUAGACAUAAGAUAGGCGUGAGAAAUAUUAAACGUGGAUGAUACUACCCUCACUCAUUUUUAUUUUAAGUUUAUUUAGAACACACGAGAACCGCUUCUUCGUAGAAAGCGUGGCGCGAGUGUGCUUAAAUGGUCAAAGACUAAAUAGUGCUCGUGCAAAGGCCGUGCAGUGAGGCUGUGCCAAAUGUGGAGCUGCAAAAUGAGCUGACGAACUUAAAGACGGCGCGGUGUGUGUUUCACCUGGUUCCCCUCAUUCCUCCUUUUAUAUUUAGUUUACAUUCUCCUUCCUUCCUUACUUCCUUCCUUCGCCCAUGAGUGAGGUAUAAUUCGCGAUGACGGGGAAAUAUCUGUAUCUUUAACGCGAGGCGGCUUCGAUGGAAUCAUACAGGUAGAUCUGGAAGAAGAUCUAGAGCUAUGCUGUUCGGCCUGGUAUGCCUAGGGCUCGUGGCCUGGUUCCUGGUAUGGUCGCUCCGGAUUCCUCCUCCGCUGAUGGGAGUCUACAGCAGACCUUCCAAGUGGUACUGGAUCAAAUUCGUUGCCUUCUAUCUUCUCGUCAAGCUCCGGAGAUGGCGAGGUGGCCGAGGAGAGGAAGCUGGCAAAGCAGAAACUACUUCAGGUUACGGCAUCAAGUCCAAGGCUUCAGUGGAAGACAUGGAAUGCGUCCAGCCACUCUCUACACAUCCCAAGGCCAUCGAUGCUGUUUACUUUAACGCUGCUAACUCCAACGGGCUGUAUCUCGUGGCUGCAACAGCGAGGCGUCCUCAGGGGGUUGUCAACGGGGUACUGUACAUUCGGUUACCCGGAGUAGGACUCCUGCAACUGCCUAGGAUGCCGGACACGCUGCUCUUCGGGGACGGGGAGUCCUUCGGGGCCGAAGGAUUGCUCCUCACGCCCGUCAAACCGAUGUCUGUGUGGAAGCUUCAGUAUAAGGGCCAGAUGAAGAUCUGGGGCGAAGUCUUGUCCAACAAGGAGGUCGAACUGAACGCGGAGUUCAUAAGCUCCCAGCCCUACUUCGACUUCGACACCGACAUGCAUCCAGCAGCGAUGGCGAGGAGUUUCUCCAAAGAGCAGUGGUCUCGGGAGUAUUUCGAAAAUCUCAAAAGGGCCCACCAGACCCACUACGAGCAGAUGGGGAAGCUGGAGGGUACUGUGGUAGUGGAUGGCAGAGCCUACGUACUCCGUAUGGAUCACUGUAUGAGAGACCAUAGCUAUGGUCAAAGGCGAGAAUGGAAGCUACUACACCGCUAUGCCUUGCACAUGUUUACAACCGAAGAUGGCGUGCAAGUCAACGUAGGCCUAGUAUCACAGCCGUUAACUUGUUCCCAAUUAGAGCUGGGAUAUGUCUGCGCAGAAGGGAAGAUCAUUCCGGUGUCAGAGGUGGAUUUUCCACUAUGGCAACACGGCGAAAACGGCCACCCACCCUCGGAAUAUGCAUUCUCUUUCGUUGCAGGGGGUCAAGAGUAUGUGGUGGAGGUAUGCAUUAGGGAAUCGCCCCAAUUCUACAUUGGAUGGGAGUGGGAAGCGAGACUCGUUGAGCAAUUUGCAGGAUUUAAGCUAAAUGGGAAGAAAGGAUGGGGCGUCACGGAAUGGCACUACCGUCACACUGGAGGGCGACCUCACGUGUACACCUCGAGUGACCCAGCGUGGACGAAAGACAUGACAAAAGGAUGACUUGACCAAGCGUCCGAUGAAACUGAAAAUUAUUUUUUAUAUUUCUCAUAUGACAUCACGUCUUGAGAAUUUCUGGUACUUGAAGAAAAUGAGUGUUAAAAACCCCUUUUUUUAUCCCAAUAAGAUUUCAUAAAAUAUCCAG